AAAGGAAUCAUCAGUCCCCUUUGAGAUCAUGGCACGAAUGGAGAUUGUGGAAGGUAGAGAUGCUGGCUCGAGAUUUGCAUUAAACUAUAGCCAACACACAACUACAGAAUUGUUUAGGUAUGCGUAUGAGCGGAGACUCUUCGAAAAUAAAUUAAGGUUUUGGUUUGAAAGCGAUUAUUGGGACUUCUACCAGGAAAAUAUGAAUGAGACAGAAGGAACUAGAAGGAGAGAGUUCAAGUUUGAUUUUGUCAUUGAGGAACAAAGCAGAUUGAUUAUACCUGGGUUAUCAUCAGGUAUCAGCACAUUUAAAACCGUAGAAGCCCUUAGAGCUGCCCUUAGUAAAGUUAGAGACAGUCGCAUAUGGCUAUUGGAAAUAAGUACGCCGAUACCAGAAGAAUUUGAAUUGAUAAAUGAUCGCGGCCAUCACGUCAAAAUCCGGCCUAACAAAAGUGUUCAAGUUACUGUGGAGAACUUUCAAGAGAUGCUAUGUUGUCUCAACUGGGUUAAAUUCCUUUGAGUGGCAAACGCUUAAUUACAGAAGAUAACUGUCAACGCUUGGAUCAAGGAAAUUAACGCACAACAACCCAGAGAAGCGGUAGACAUUGCAAACGAACAAGGCAGUCUUCAGUUGUUUAUUAGCAAUUUCUACCACUAUGUAACGAUUCACCAUUGUAUAUGGCUGUAUUAAAGAAUUUUUCCUCUCUCCUAUGUUGCAGUGGAGUGACGAAAACUCGAGAGACCUGUUAUUAAUUUCUCACGGUAAUUUUUGACUGUUUAACUCCAAGCCUUGCAAUCACGAAAUAAACUUUUAUCAACCCUUACCAGAA